UGGGGUGAUGAAGCUUCACUGAUAGCACAUGAAGCGCUGUACGCUACAGGCCAUACAUCUCUAGCUGCGCUACAGCUCUGGGAUCUCGGACCACGUUCUGUUGCCGGUCGAGCAGCACGAAAAGCAGGUGUACAGUUUGUUACUGAUCUGCAUAAAAAACGAUCAAGCCCACGUCUGGAGAAUAUGGAUGCGAAAAAGUGA